GUGUGUGUUCAGUGUUUACAGUCUGUGGUGUGCAGGCAGGAGGAGCAGAGAGAGAGGAGCAGAUAGGAGCAGGAGGAGAACCUGUUCACCAACUUCACACAAGUUUUCCCCCGCGAGCAGCACGAGACACAAACUCUGGAUUUAAACCCUCACGUGCUUUAAAAAGUUAGUUUUUCUUUCACGGGGAGCCGUUUGGACUAUCAUCAUCAUCAUCAUCAACAACAUCAACAACAUCAUCAUCAUCCUCCUCCUGAGAAAGUUGCCGCGGAGAUGUCCGGGUCUUUCUGUAAGAGUCUGUACCCGUUCAGCGGGGAGCAGCACCAGCAGGGUCUGAGCUUCCAGGCCGGGGAGGUCAUCAAGGUGGUCCAAGCUCUGCCCGGGGGCUGGUGGGAGGGCGAGAGGGACGGGGAGAGGGGCUGGUUCCCCUCCAGCUACGUGCAGGUCCUCGAGAGGACAGCGUCUCUGAGUCAGCUCCCCGUCGAGGACCUCAAAGACCCCCUCCCUCCUCAGUGGAGAUGCUUCAUGUCGCCACAAGGGCGGCGAUACUACGUCAACACCAUUAACAACGAGACGACGUGGGAGAGACCGUCCAGCACACCUGGGACCCCGAAGACACCCCUCAGACACAAGAACUCCCUCCCUGCAGUGAAUGGAUUUCACUCAGGUGGGAGUCCGUUGCAUCAUGUGGAGAAUUCACACAACAGUCAGGUGAGGAAGGGCAGCACAGCGGAGCCACAGAGUCCAGGAUCAACGUCGCCCACCAGGAAGCAGAACAAGGAGACCACGGUCACGAUAAACUGUGUGACGUUCCCGUCGUUGGCUGUGGUCGAGCAGCAGCUCCUGAAGCCGAGCGACUGGAGCUACUGCGACUACUUCUGGGCGGAUAAGAAGGACGCUCAGGCAAACGGCUCCAUCAGCGGCUUCGAGGUGCUGCUGCAGAAACAGCUGAAGGGGAAACAGAUGCAGAAGGAGAUGGCCGAGUUCGUACGAGAAAGGAUAAAGAUAGAAGAAGAGUACGCCAAGAACCUCGCCAAACUCUCGCAGAUCCCGCUCGCCGGCCAGGAGGAAGGGACUCUGGGGGAGGCCUGGGCUCAGCUGAAGACGAGUCUGGCGGACGAGGCAGAGGUUCAUCUAAAGUUCUCCUCAAAGCUGCAGAGCGAGGUGGAGAAACCGUUGCUGACCUUCAGAGAGAACUUCAAGAAGGACAUGAAGAGGUUCGACCAUCACAUCGCCGACCUGCGGAAACAGCUGGUCGGACGCUACGCCUCGGUGGAGAAGGCUCGUAAAGCUCUGGCCGACCGGCAGAAAGAGCUGGAGCUGAAGACGCAGCAGCAGGAGAUCAAACUCAGCAGCAAGAUCGAAGAAGACAUCAAGAAGGCCCGCAGGAAGUCCACGCAGGCAGGAGACGAUCUGAUGCGAUGUGUAGACCUCUACAAUCAGUCACAGUCGAAGUGGUUCGAGGAGAUGGUGACCACCAGUCUGGAGCUGGAGCGUCUGGAGGUGGAGCGGGUGGAGAUGAUCCGGCAGCAUCUGUGUCAGUACACCACGCUGAGGCACGAGACGGACAUGUUCAACCAGAGCACGAUGGAGCCGGUGGACCAGCUGCUGCAGUGCGUGGACCCGAGCAAAGACAGAGAGCUGUGGGUGAAGGAGAACAAGACCGGAGAGAUCAGACCGGUGGACAUCGAGAUCUGACCUCCGACACGCAGACCCAGAGGACAGAUGAGGACAUGAAACCUGAGCUGGGACCUAAAGCCCGCCCCUAAUGACUCACCUGUGACUCCUUAAAGACUGAUGGAGGAUCAGUCAGCGCUCGCCGCAGCCUGCUGAGGACGAUGGUUGGGGUUAUAUCGGUGAAAGCGAUGGAUACAGAUGUCAGUUUUCUGCUAUGCAAGCUGAUGACAUCACAGGAGAAGUACGAGUGUGAAUGAUGAGGUGGAAACACGGGAACGUUUAACACCUGUACAUGGCGACCUGCUUUAUGUGACGCAGCGGCGUGUGUGUGUGUGUGCUUCGCUCUGUGAGGUCACUCAGGUGACUUAGGAACAAAAAUGGUUUAACAGAAGCUGCUGAGCAAAAUGCAUCCCGACCCUUACUGUGUACAAGGAUUCAAACUAAAGUAUUUGAAUACUAAUAUGUUCAGGUAGUGAUUGUUUGCUAAGCCCCGCCCCCUUUGAGUUUCAGGUGUGUUGCUGCACAGGAGUGUAUCUGUCCAGAUAUGAACUAGCAGGUCUUAAAGUUGUCCAGAGAUAAAACUGACUGCUCAGGAGGUUGAGCUUAAAUCCUGUCGAAACGUUUUCCUGCUGUGUUCCUUAUUUACAAAUCAUAUAAAUGUAGGGAAUCUGAUAGGUCACCAUCAUCCAGACUUUUCUGAGUGGGGGGGACCAGAGGGGGUACCGACCUCUGCAGGGUCUGCUAACAUUAAAGUUUCCAAUGUUUUAUUUUAAAGAGCACAGGAGGAACAUUUUAAUCAUGUAAACUUCAUUAUUUAAUUUUGAUUUAAACGUCAUUAUUUAAAGUCCAAACUAAAGGAAAUGUGCAAACUCUAAGAAACAGCUCCAUCUUGGGAUGAUCGCGAUGCAAACACCUUCGGAGGAAUCCUCAGUUUGACGGCCUGCUGUGCAGUUAGUGACCGAGUGUAGCUGAUGGUCAUGUUGGAGGGGCGGGGUUUAUCAAACAGUCAAUCUCUUUGGAUCUGGUCGUGCUUCUUCUUCACCAACAAAUCUGCAGCUCCAGACGUCUCAUGUUGUUCCUGCUUCGACUUAAAGAGCAGCCGAUUGCACUUUAAACCCAAACUGAUUUAAGAUGAAAAUACUGUAAAUGACUGUUCAUAUGAAAAGUCUUCUAAAGAGAAACGAGCUGUAACACAUUUUAUUACUAAUGACAAGUGUAAAUAAAUAUAUCCAAUGUGUGA